AUGUCCGUGCUCUCGAACCUCAGGAUCUCGGUCGCCAUUAAUCUGCGAGACCGGGAUGCACCAAGCCUCGUCCUCAUCAAGGCUUUCUACGAUGUGCCCAAGGAAGAGUACCAGCGCUUCGCUAACGAGGCGGCUCACCUCGAGUUUUUCGACCGUGUUGACCGAGGUCGUUGCCCCUAUGGCAACACGCAGGUCAAGUUCCAGGCUCCCCAAAGCAGUGCUGCCAGCGCGGUCUCGCAGGCCGUCAGCCUCGGCACCAGAUUCGGGGCUCGCAUCAGAGCGAAGGCCCUCGGAAGGACUUCUGCUCGCGUGGAUCGCGUGGAUCGAGGAAAAGCUGCGCACGGCUACAAGCGCAGCUUUUCGCAGCCAUACCGAAUCCCGUGGAGGAUGGCGUUCGAGAAUCGUCCUCGCAUCUCCAGCAACAAUGCCGCGUCGACUCCAGCUCCUGCUCAAGCUGGCAGAACGGUCGAAUGGAGUGAAGCGAGCCUUCCUGCUCCCGCUCCUGCUCAAGCUGGCAGAACGGUCGAAUGGAGUGAAGAGAGCCUUCCUGCUCCCGCUCCUGCUCCAGUGAAAGAAACCGACAAAGACAGCAUGAUGAAGAUCCUGGCUCCCGAAAUCCACGAGGCCGUCGCCGCUGCCCUAGCCAACGCCCUUGCCGCUGCUUCCGCUGCCGCUGCCGGAACGUGCUCUGGUACCGAUUGA